GGCUCCAGUCUCUGAGCGAUGGCUGCGAGGACAUGUUCAUUUGUCUCGAGAGAGCGCUAGUCUCCUGUGGCUUGUUUCUGAGUAAAUCGUCCAAGAACACCACCCCAGGAAGCCGUGUUAGUAGUGACGCCCCCCAUACUGACCCGUCGCCCCCAGGAGGUUUCUCAGACCAAAGCCAGUCACAGAGUGCAGCGUGAAGGGAGGAAGCAAAGGGAAGCAACACCAGGAAAGACGUAGCCGUGCGAGUGUUUAGUCAUACAGUGAGUCGCCGUCGUCAUCGUUGUGGUACCAAGUGUUGCGUCGCGUAGCAUUGCGUACCGUAGCGUAGCGUUGCGAGUGUCACCCAAGUGUUAGUCAGCCAGUCAGGUAACCAGUGAUAGUGAUGAGUGAAGUCCAGGAAUUUGUGCGGCAGGGGGCGAGGCUUCCCCCCCUGCACGCGCGACAUAAGGCCCUGCCCGACCUCUGCCCCGCCGCGGAGACCAACAGCGCCCACACAGCCCACAAGGAGGAGGCUGUAGGCCCACCCGCGCCCUCCGUCGUGGUGCGGGGGGCGGCGGGGGUAGCGUGCGGGGGGGCCUUGUCUCCCACCGCCGCCCCCGGAGCUGCCCCUGUCUUUCCCUCCGUGCCUACCCUGGUCGGCAACAAAUAUCUGCUGACCCGCCCCUUUGACCACUCCGCCUGCCAUGCCACGAAUAUCCACACGGGACAGAGCCUGCUGGUCAAGACGCUGGAGGGGCGGGCGGCGCACGGGCUGGUGGCGCACCACGCCCUCAUGGGGGGCUGUGAGGGCGUUCGCUCCCCCAUCGAGAUGGUGGUGACGGCGUGCAGGCGGCGGGCGUGGGUGGUGUUCGCCGCCCACCACGGGGACCUGCACUCCUACGUACGGGUGCGGCGGCGGCUGCGGGAGGCGGAGGCGCAGCGACUCUUCUCCAAGGUGGCAACCACCGUCGCCGCCUGCCACGACGCCGGCCUCGUUCUCAGGGACCUCAAACUACGCAAGUUCGUCUUCACGGACCCCGACAGACAAGAGCUUGAGCUGGAGAGCCUGGAGGACAGCGUGUUGGUGGGCGAGGAGGACAUGCUGGAGGACAAACACGGAUGCCCAGCGUACGUGGCGCCGGAGAUUCUCACGUCAUCGUCAUACUCCGGGCGCGCGGCGGACAUGUGGGGCCUCGGCGUCAUGCUGUACACGAUGCUGGUGGGCAGGUACCCCUUCCACCACUCCGACACGUCCUCGCUGUUCGCCAAGAUCCGCUGCGGGGAGUUCAAGGUGCCGGAGUGGGUCAGCUCCCGCGCCCGCCACCUCAUCACCGCCCUGCUGCGCCGCGACCCCGCCCGCCGCCUCGCCGUGCACGACGUCCUCUCCCACCCGUGGCUCACCCGCCCACCCCGCGAUCACCCACCCAGGGACCCCACCGACCACACCGUCCCCAGCAUGUCUCUCCCGCCACACUCCACCUUCCCACACUCUCCCAAGGGCUCCAGCUCCUCCAGCAGCCACACUCCGAGCCUGUUCGGCCUGUAGGUCCUCCACCCCGGCCUGCUGCUGCUGCUACUGCUGCUGCUGCUACUGCUACCACUGCUGCUGCUGCCGUACUCCGGUGCCCGCAGCGUUGCCAUGCCCACCACUCAUUUUAACACGUGGCCAUACACUUCUCACCUCCUCUCAGCGUCUCUCAGCACCGGCAGCGUGUAAUGGCAGUGUCCAGGGUUCCGUCGCGUCCUCUACCUUGAACAAAGUCCGAGAUUGGUGUAGCCUAAGUUACCUAUCGUUAAGGUGCGCCGCCGCCGCCGCCACAAACCUCGCCCCACCAGCGGGGCCGCAGCCUGGGCCGCGUCCUGCCGCCCGCCGUUCAGGGAGUAAUUAUCGGGCCGCGCCGCCACGUCCAGGCCAGGGAGUAGCAACACUAGUACACACACAGAAGGUUGUGAUGCAGCCCCGGACCACGCCCGGCGCGGUCGGCAGCCACGCCACGGACCUCUGGUGGAGCAGCCGAGGCGAGGUCACUAUGCCAAUGUAAUGUUAUGGAACACAACAACAGAGGUGCUGGUGCUUUCAAAGCCUUCACUAAUUUUUUAAAGAAUAUUAAGAAGAAAUCCAGUCCUAUAGGGUUUCAGAUUAUGUCCAUUGCGUAUUUUGUAAAUGCUUUCCAUAUCAAAAAUGCAACUUGCUGUGAGAGUAUAAUUCAUUACGGAAGAAACUUCUUUGGUAUUGUUGCAGCAAGUAAAAAUUUACCUUCUGUGGCCUGAGAGCUGUCGAGAAGCAAUGAAGUUGAAGUUGCAAUAUUUUUCACGGAUUCCAGCGGAUCGGCUUGGCAGGGCAGAACUUCCUAAGGCACGCUCCGGCGUCGUCCAGAGCAAGGUUAUACUUGAAAAAAUCUGUGAUAAUAGCAUCUUCAAGGCUGUUCUUAAAGGCUUCACUAAAAUAUGCGUCUGCUUGCGUGCCGCGAGGCGGGUCCGGCCGAGAGCCGCCUUGGGACGAGUUCCAGGGAGUGAGUGUGUGAGCUCGUGUAGCCUGAAGAUGUAUCACCCUCGAAGGAUGUUGUUAGGAAUCCUUUAGCAUUAUGGUGUCGUAGGAUCAAUGGCAAGACAUGUAAGAAGCUCUUUACCUCUUUCUUCUAUGUAAUUUAAAACUAUUUUCUAUCAAUUGCAAGUAAAGUACAAGAUUAAU